AUUCUAUUGUGUGUUGAGAACCUUACGGAUUAGAACACUUAUGUCUCAUCUCAUUCUCACUACAUUCCGAACCAUGUUGAAGAAAUGGUUUCUUUCCAACAAUGCUGUUUUAUGUUUCAUCACAACAAAAUCAACAACCCCAAAAUUCAACAACCCUCUUUUGCACCAAUUCCCAAUUUCACCCAGACGUUUCUGCACCAUAACAGCCACUUCAGAAUCAAACACACAUCCAUUCUCUGUAUCAUACCUCAUCAACAAUUUUGGAUUCUCACAUGAAUCUGCUCUCAAAGCUUUCAACAACAAGCAGGUUCGUUUCAAUACCCCAGAUAAUGCUGAUUCUGUUAUCACCUUCUUUCAAAACCAUGGUUUUCCAAACUCCAACAUACGCAUCAUCAUCCAAAAGGCACCUUGGUUACUUUCAUCACAACCCCACAAAAGGUUAUUGCCAAAGUUUCAAUUUUUUCUAUCCAAUGGUGCUUCUUUAUCUGAUAUUGUUCCAUUGUUAACUACAAACCCUCGAAUUUUACGAAGUAGCUUGGAGAAACAAAUAAUCCCUCUUUUUCAAUUAUUAAGUAGGUGCUUAAAAACCAACAGGGAUGCCAUUAUUUGCUUAAUAAAACAUUGGACUACAUUUACUAUUUAUUAUCACCUUAUUGUGGCUAAUAUCAAUUUGAUGACUGAUUUUGGAAUUCCUCAUUCUGUCAUUGCUAGAUUGAUUCGAUCUAGACCAUUUUUAAUUUGUUCAAAGGAUUUGAUUAAUUCAUUGGAGGAAAUUAAGGGUUUAGGGUUUGAUCCUUCAACGACUACUUUUGGGUAUGCUUUGUUAGCCAAUAACUGUACGAGUAAAAAACUUUGGGAUGAGAAAGUUGAUGUCUUGAAGAAAUGGGGUUGGUCUGAUGAAGAUGUUAUCCGGGCAUUUAGGUGUCAUCCUGAUAUGAUGUUGACUUCAAUUGAAAAGAUUAAUUUGGUGAUGAGUUUUUGGGUCAAUCAAUUGGGUUGGGAUUCAUUGGCACUUACCAAACGGCCACAUAUUUUAACUCAUAGUUUGGAGAAAUGGAUUGUUCCAAGGGGAUUGGUUGUGCAAUUUCUUUUGAUGAAAGGCUUGCGAAAAAAGAAUGCCAGCUUAGUUACACCAUUUAGAUAUUCUGAAAAAUUGUUUUUGGAGAAGUUUGUUUUCAGCUUUAAGGAGGAGUCUGAUUAUCUAUUAAAGAUAUAUGAGGAAAAAAUAAAACUUGCAUAUACAAUGGAAAACAAUGGCAUGCCAUUCCCUAAUUAGGUACUAUGAUGUAGCAGUCAAUGUUACCAAUUGCUUUGCUACAUUGUUAUGAGUUUUCAACUGCCACUUUUCCUUUAUAAUCAGGCAGAGACGAGUAUCAAAUGUCCGUGAUUAUAAUUUGAUGACCAUUCUUGAUUUUGAAAUCUGCUCAGUGAUUCUUUCAUCAACCAUUAUUGCAUUGGAGCCAACUAAUAUGUUAAUUUUGGAAAUAUUUUUCAUUUUUUCACAGAAGCUUGUAGUGUUAGCUUUACUCUGGCUGUAUGCUUGAAUUGAAUGCUAAUGUACUGCAGUUUCAAAUACACUGAAAUUUGUUGUAACUAAUAGAAAAGUGGUCACAAAUCCAACAUAAAUACUUUUCCAGUGGA